CAUUUCGGCAGUGCUCCAAGAGCAGGAAGGUUUUGGCUGCUGAGGUGAGGAGGUCUGACCUGCCUGCAAGAGGAUUUGAGCUUCUGGCAAGCAGCAGGGUCCCCGGGGGAAGAAGGGACUCCCCAGCAACGGAGAUGUCUGCAUCCAGGCUUCCUGAUUUUGCCCCAGCAAGACAACAAACUGAAGUGGAGCUGGAAGAAAGACUUGUGGAGUUGGACCUUAGGAGUGAUUCUGAUGGUCCUGACAUUCCUCCAGCCUCAGACAGCACUCCAGAGAUUCUCAAAGCUGCUUUGUCAGGCUUGUCUGCCAGAUGGAAAAAUUGGUGGAUUCGUGGAAUUCUCUCUCUAGCAAUGAUAUCUGGCUUUUUUCUGAUCAUAUACCUGGGAUCAUUCAUGCUGAUGCUGCUGGUGUUGAGCAUCCAAGUGAAGUGCUACCAUGAAAUCAUUACUAUAGGUUACAGAGUCUACCACUCCUAUGAUUUACCAUGGUUUAGAUCUCUCAGCUGGUACUUUCUGCUGUGUGUGAAUUACUUCUUUUAUGGAGAGACUGUGGCUGAUUACUUUGCUACCUUCGUUCAGAGGAGAGAGCAGCUCCAGUUCCUCAUUCGUUACCACAGGUUUAUCUCCUUUGCCCUCUAUUUAGCAGGCUUCUGUAUCUUCGUCUUGAGCUUAGUGAAGAAGCAUUACCGCCUGCAGUUCUACAUGUUCGCAUGGACUCAUGUCACUUUGCUGAUCACUGUCACUCAGUCUCAUCUUGUCAUCCAAAAUCUCUUUGAAGGCAUGAUCUGGUUUCUGGUUCCAAUUUCAAGUGUUAUCUGCAAUGACAUCACUGCUUACAUCUUUGGGUUCUUCUUUGGCAGAACUCCACUGAUUAAGCUGUCACCCAAGAAGACCUGGGAAGGAUUCAUUGGAGGCUUCUUUUCCACAGUCAUCUUUGGGUUUGUUUUCUCCUGGUUUUUGGCUCAACAUCAGUACUUUGUCUGCCCUGUGGAGUAUAACAGUGAGACCAACAGGUUUGUCACCGAGUGUGAAGCUUCAGAGCUCUUCCAGAUGAAGAAGUAUUCUGUUCCAGCAGUGCUUCAGGCUGUGUUGGGAUGGGACACGGUGACCCUGUACCCCUUCCAGAUGCACAGCGUCGCGCUCUCAACCUUUGCCUCCUUGAUUGGGCCCUUUGGAGGCUUCUUUGCCAGUGGCUUUAAAAGAGCUUUCAAAAUCAAGGACUUUGCAGACACCAUCCCAGGGCACGGUGGCAUCAUGGAUCGCUUCGAUUGCCAGUACCUGAUGGCCACCUUUGUGCAUGUCUACAUCACCAGUUUCAUAAGAGGUCCAAAUCCCAGCAAAUUACUACAGCAGCUGUUGAUCCUCCAGCCUGAGCAGCAGCUCAGCGUGUACAAAACCCUGAAAUCUCAGCUCGUUGCAAAAGGCAUCCUGCAGCCAUCUCUGAGGGGGUAGUUUGUCAGAAGAGAGGAUGGGAAGAAACCUGCAUCUGCAAGAAGCCUGUGGGAAGAGCAUUGCCAGCGUGCAGCUAGGGAGUGGCUAAAGGGAGAGGGCUCUGUGGGCUGGGCAGGCUGAGUGCUCCCUGAGGUGAAGGUGAGUGCUGUGGCUUCCUGCUGGCACGCAGCAGGUCGCUGACUCCUCCGCAGUACUUGAGAAGCUGGCAAAGCAAGAGAACUGCUGCUGCGUGCUUCAGCUGCUCAAGUGAAGGGCUGCAGCCUGCCUUGGGCACCCAGCCUGGCAGGCUUGGCACCCAGCCUGGCAGGCUUGGGACUCAGACAUGAAAUAAAGCUCACUCUUAGUUUUUACUGAGUUAUUUAAAACCAGAUAUCUUAGCAGUAGUGGUUUUGGGGUGGGUUUUGGUUGUUGUGGGUUUGGGGUUGUGUUUUUGAGUCUCCAGUGGUUGCUGAGGCACAAAGAGAUGAAGCACUUUUAUCCAGCCCCGUGCUGAACCUACAGUUGAGCAGAACUUUGUGUUGGCCUGGUCAGAGAGGUGCUUGGAGCCUGCCAGGUCGGGCUGGCUGUAUUUGCUGAGCAGGCAGGAAGGUUGAACUCAGCUCUCUCUCAGAACACAGCUUUCUUAGGACACCAGAGCAAGCUUUCCAGAGAUGAGUCCCUCUGCUGCAAGGCUGCAGAGCUGCUGCUGCUGCUGCUGCAAGGCUGGUGGUAGGGAUUCUAAACAAGGGUCUGCCUCCAAGAGCAGAGGUGACCUGAGGAGAUGGGAUCCUUCCAUCCAGGAACCAGCCUGGGGAGCAUCUGGAGUGGAAAGCCUUGGUAUCCACAGCCUGGGGAGAAUCUGGAGUGGAAACCCUUGGUAUCCACAGCCUGGGGAGACUCUGGAGUGGAAACCCUUGGUAUCCACAGCCUGGGGAGACUCUGGAGUGGAAACCCUUGGUAUCCACAGCCUGGGGAGAAUCUGGAGUGGAAACCCUUGGUAUCCACAGCCUGGGGAGAAUCUGGAGUGGAAACCCUUGGUAUCCACAGCCUGGGGAGCAUCUGGAGUGGAAACCCUUGGUAUCCACAGCCUGGGGAGAAUCUGGAGUGGAAACCCUUGGUAUCCACAGCCUGGGGAGAAUCUGGAGUGGAAACCCUUGGUAUCCACAUCCUGGGGAGACUCUGGAGUGGAAACCCUUGGUAUCCACAGCCUGGGGAGACUCUGGAGUGGAAACCCUUGGUAUCCACAGCCUGGGGAGACUCUGGAGUGGAAACCCUUGGUUUGUACAGCCUGGGGAGUAUCUGGAGUGGAAACCCUUGGUAUCCACAGCCUGGGGAGACUCUGGAGUGGAAACCCUUGGUAUCCACAGCCUGGGGAGCAUCUGGAGUGGAAACCCUUGGUAUCCACAGCCUGGGGAGAAUCUGGGGUGGAAGCCCUUGGUUUGUACAGUCUGGGGGAGACUCUGGAGUGGAAACCCUUGGUAUCCACAGCCUGGGGAGAAUCUGGAGUGGAAACCCUUGGUUUGUACAGCCUGGGAGAGAAUCUGGGGUGGAAGCCCUUGGUUUGUACAGUCUGGGGGAGACUCUGGAGUGGAAACCCUUGGUAUCCACGGCCUGGAGACAGUCACUCAAGCCUUAUCUUUUUGAAAGCACUUGGAGUGCUGAGUGAAAAGCAACCUUUAAGUGCUGCUUUGUUAAGGUGUGAAGCAGGGAAGUUGUGCCUGGUGAUGGUGCAGAGGGCCAGACAGGGUGCAGAGCUCUGCUGCUGCUUGCUAGUUGGCAAGAAGAUCCUUAAGCAAGCUUGGGUACACAAAAAGGUGUUUGAGUGGAGGCUUCGUGCAGGCAGCAGCUCUGCUGUGGACAUGUGAGGAAAGCUGAGGUUCUGUGGUCUCACUCCUGACUGCUUUCUAACAGUUUGCACCGUGUGAUGCAAAUAAAAGUGCAAGCCCUUGUUAAGUGACAGAGGUGACUGCUGGGCAGGCAGAAAGCACAGGUGCCAGCUUGGUCUUGGCAUCCUGGUCCUUGGAAGAAUUGAGUUUUGCCAGGAGGUUGUCAGUAAGCUUCUGCAGGGGCAAAUGUGUGGGGGCCAUGCAGACAGAGCUGUGUGUGUAUGAAAUAUUUACAGGGGUGUGUGCAGAGAGGGCAAAGGUGAGAGAGGGAGCAAAGAGCCUUACAGAGCUGCUUCUGCUGCUGCUUGAGGAAUGAACCAUGGAGGAAGUCUCCCGGGUGGGUGGGAAGCUGCACCUCAAAACCUCAGGCUGCUUGUUGAGUACCCUGCAGCUGAGACUCCCUCCAUGCACCCACUCGGGGAGCAGCAGCUCUGGGCAUGGCUAUGAAGCAAACUGAAGUCUGGAGCAAUUCUUGUUGGUGUCAGACCAAGUAAAUGAGGUCUGACCUGCAGGACUGUGUGGGAGGAGCCCCCCAGGGGAGGAAGAAUGUCACCAGACCCUUGUGUGACUUGGCUUCUUAAUGGGAGUGGCCUGAAUUUGAGCUCUUGCCCAGGCUGAGGAGAAGUGGUGGCACAAGAGUGGAAAGGUGCUGCAGAGAGAAGGGCAGGGAAAAUGAGAGCGACCGCAGGAGCAUCCCUGGGUAACUAACUUUGAGCUGAGGCUUUGGACAGGAUGCUUCUGAGCACACAGAGCCAUCCUGGAGCUGGAACAUCCUUCUCGUGGGUACUGGGGACUGAAAAAGGAAUCUAGGAAGUGAAACCUCUCUACAUAGAACAGAUCUACAUAAAAGGGCAGUUUACUUGGGAAACUUGAACUUUUUAGUGUCCCUUUCUAGCAUGUGUAAUAAAAAGAGUUAACAGCAAAA